AUGCCGCCUCGAUUAUCUCUAUUUACAGCCCGGUCUGUGGCAUUCAGAACAAAACCAACGAUCCCUCAGAAGAGGGUUGUGCGUAGUCUUCUCCAACUCCGCGCAGCCAGCGACGAUCCUUCGAAGAAAUCCGAAACCACUCCUAUCGAUUCUCGUGGAAAAGGGCCGAACAUGGACCAGUUGCCUCACGUAACGGAAGAGCAAGUUGCGUCGGAUAAGUCUAUGGGAAAGGCCCCACCAGAGAUUGAACAAGGAACGCCGGUGCAAGAGAUCCUUCGACGUGACAAAGAUGCACGAGACAAGGCCCCGGAGGUGAUGAAGAGCGGCCUGAAGGAAAUGUCAGAUAGUCCACCUUCUGGAUCCCGAUCAUUUUCGACAGCAGCAUCCAAAAAAGCCGACGUGGCCGAGACAGUUCAAUUCGAAGACACAAGAAUAGUUGGACUUGAAUACCCUGACGCAGGAUUCGGGCACAAAUUUCCACUCCCAGACAUUCGGUCGUUCGCAAAAACCGACCAUUUCAAAAAACGUUAUGAUCCAGUGGUGGAUCAGGUUACAAAGAGUCUGAUGCGGCAUGGAAAAUUGAGUCAGGCACAAAAGCAUAUGGAUUCAAUUCUUGACAUUCUCCGAACGGCACCAAGUCCUCAAGGCGUUAUUGUAGCUCCCGACCGGGCCCUCAUGACCACUCUCCCACGCGACGCCCUUCCUCUGUAUCCUGUCCAAUAUUUAACCACAAUCAUUGAUUCUCUGGCGCCUCUCGUUAAAAUCCGCCAACAGAGAGGCUUGCUGGGUGGUGGCGCCUCCAUGCCGAUCCCCGUUCCUCUCACUCUUCGCCAACGACGCCGUACCGCCAUUCAAUGGAUUCUCCUUGGCGCGGAAAGCAGACGAGACAUCAAACUUGCGGACCGGGUUGCCAAGGAGCUCAUUUCGGUCGCUGAGGGCAAGAGUGGUGCUUGGGAACGCAGGCAGAGGGUGCAUAGGAUGGCAAUAAGUGCUAGAGCAAAUGUUAGGGCUGCACUCGGCGGUGUCAAAAUUAAAAAAAAGGCAGGUAAGAGGUAG